UCGAGGCAAAACUCCAACGAGGGCACAAUGUUAUGAUGUCUAUAGCAGAAACUAUUUUAUUUAUCGUCGCAAUUGGUGUAAUUCUAGGAUGGUUGUUCGUUCUUUUAAUGCAUAUAGUGGCCCUAUUCUAUGGACGAUAUCUUAUGCACCGCGUUGUGCCCCAGCCCGACCCAGAGAACCUCCAUGGGGUGUCCAUCCUGAAGCCUCUCACAGGAGUUGAUCCUAACCUCUACAAAAAUUUAGAAACAUUCUUCAAUCAACAGUACCCUGCUUAUGAACUUCUUUUUUCUGUCCAAGAUGAAAAUGAUCCUGCUAUUAUGGUGGUUCAAAGUUUAAUACAAAAGUAUCCAAAAAUCGACGCAAAACUAUUUAUAGGUCUAAGAUAUGUUGGUCCAAAUGGCAAAAUAAAUAAUAUGGUUAGAGGGUAUGAAGCUGCAAAAUACGAUUUGAUUGUUAUCUCCGACAGCGGUAUCAGUAUGCGUCCUGAGACCCUGAUGAAUAUGGUCAGCUUCAUGAAAUCAGAUGUUGGACUUGUUCUCCAGAUGCCAUACACAGCACAUAGAAAAUUUGGAUUUUCAUCAGUAUAUGAACAAGUAUAUUUCGGUACAUUCCAAGCCAGAAAUAGUCUUGGAGCUAAUGCCGUUGGGAUAAACUGUUCCACCGGCAUGAGCUGCAUGUUUCGUAAAGAACUCUUAGAAAAUGUGGGAGGUCUUCAAGCCUUUGCCAAGUACCUGGCAGAAGAUUUCUUCAUUUGUCAAGAAAUUGUCAGACAAAAAUACAAGGCAGUUUUAUGCAGUCUACCAGCAAUACAGAACUCUGGCAACUGCAGUGUGGAACACUUUCACAACCGCCUAAUAAGGUGGUCCCAGCUUCGUGGAGCUAUGUUACCUCAUCUCAUUGUGUUGGAGCCCUUGUCUGAAUGUAUGUUGAUGGGUGUGUGUAUAUCUUGGGCUUUGGACUUUCUGUUCAAUGUCAGCCCCAUGGGCGUCUUCCUCCUGCAUACACUCAUGUGGUUCCUUAGCGACUAUUUUCUCCUGAAGACAGUUGAGAAUGGACCACUGCCUUUUUCCAAAUUUGAAUUUUUCGUCGCAUGGAUUACAAGAGAAGCACUUGCUUUUUGGUUGUCUCUGAGGAGUCAUAAAAACGGUGUUGUUCAGUGGAGACAUAAACGUUAUAAAGUGCACUGGGGAGGGUCUGUUUCAGAGAUUUAAACACAUUUCAUUUAUCAUCGUCAUCAUCAUAAUCAUCAUUUCAUUGAAUCAUUGAGGCCAGUCUUCGCCAUUUGUGGAGUAUUUCAUGACCAACACUUUUAAGUAAGGAGACUUUUGGGAUUAUAAACAGAUUUGGAGUCAUUGGUUUCCAACAACAGAUGAAACUCUCUCAUGAAAUUCUUCCUUUUUUUAACAAGUCCAUUAUGAACACAAAGGCUUGAUAAAAAGUGAUAUUGAACUUUGUCAGAACUUCAGUGUGUUUGUAAAAAAUCCUCGAGAGUAUAUGAAUGGCAUACGAACUUGAAAUCAUCAGGACAUAUCUUGCUUUGUGAAAUCUGCUGAUCUGGAGCUUUUAGUGCAAAAGGAAAAAUUCAAUUUGCUGCAUACAGCAUGAAACUUGUCGUGUAACAUCUGCAGAGCCUUUUUUUAACAAUUGACUUGUGAAGGAAGCUGAAGAGUGUGUUUUGGACUUUAUUUCACAAAGUGAUUUAAAAGUAUGAUAUGAAAUCAAGUAAAAAGAUAUCAACAUCCAACACCAGAAAUGAAUGUUCAACACCAAGGUGUAUCUAAAUGAGAACUGCAUGACUUCAAAUUGAGGCUACAUGUUGAUACACCAUGCAUUGCAAAGUGGUUUUAAAAAUGUUUCUGAGAAUUUGUUACUAUCUUUAAAUGUUGGCUUUAAUCAUUAUAACUCCAAAACUUUUUCUUUGAAUUUUUGAAGAUGAAUUAUAUUGUUAGUUGAUAUUGCACUUUCUGUGCCAUAUUUGUAAUGUUGGAUUUGCAUGUAUUGGGUUUUUUUCUUUGUUUUUUCUCAUAAUCACAGGACAAAAACAGAUUUUGGGAUUAAAGAUUCUUAAGAUCUCUCAUAUUAUUGUCAAUAACUGGUUAAAUGAUAAAAUUUUGAAUUAUUUAAUAUAUUUUUGGAAAAAAUUAUUAAAAUUGCGUAGGCAAAGGUCUUUACAAAGUUAACUGGUUGAUUUACUUUUUUUAAAGAAUUUUAGCAUUAAGCAUGAAUUAUCCAAUAAUACUCAGAAUUGCAGAUCUUAAUAAAACAAUGAAUUAGAAAUGAGAUGCAUCAUAAAUCUUUAAAGAAAAGCAAUGUUUGAUAAUCAUGUAGGUAAUCAAUGCAAAUUGUGUGAAACUGCAGGACAAAGGGAGGUAACUUCAAUAACAGUGCUAUAGCUUGAGACGAUUAAUUGUACUUAAACUGUAUUUGAAUUAUGUUUCAUACCUAUUUACCUGUCCGAUUCUGUUGGUGAGGACCCAGCAGAGAUAUGACGACAGUGUGCUGAUCUUUGAUCAAUGCAAUACUUCAGGACAGGGUCAGCAAAUGGCUCAUUUUCCAUGAUACACUGCUUUGAAUAAUCUUUUAUUAAAUUUGUCUCUUUGAUAUUUAAAAUAAAAUUUGGCAUAAGAGCGUUUAAUUUCAAUUAAAUAAACAUUUAAGGUAUAUAGUAAUGCUAUUUUUUUAUGAUAUCUAUACUCAAAUAAAAAGUUAAUCAUUUUUUUUGUUUCGAAAUCUGAAAUAAAUUACCUCUUAGUAUGGGGGAUCAUGCUGAAUGAAGCAGUAGAAUUGAUAGUAUUGUUUGUCUCAUGGCUAUGUAAAUAUUUGUUGAUUCUGUCCUACACUUGUCCUCAUAUGAUUAAUUAGGUGUUCAGGCAUCUUAUGUAUGUGUAUAUCCUAUCCCAUCUAGUUUUCCUUUUCUUACUGUGUCCAUAAUUUUUCGACUUAGAUAAUAAGGUCAACUGCAAGAGUGGUUGUAGCACUGGAAAGAUUAUUCAAGUUUAGAUUCGGACUUCAUAUCUUAUUAAUUUUUUUUUUAUUAUUUUGUGACACAAAUAAGUGAAAAAUUCAAGAUAAUAAAUUGAUGGAUAAAAAAAAACAUGCUUUUAAAGAAAUACAAAGUAAUCUUCCUACAGAUGUAUUGUAUGGCAAAAUAAAGGACUAUUUUGUUUUUGGCAUUUUUACAAAAUUUACAGAAAUUCAAUAUUUAUAUAUCUUAUUUGAAAAUGGUAAAUUAAUGGUAGAUUAAUAUGAAAAUCCUAAUCUAUGACGGGGAUUAUUUACUCCAGUUCCUUCACAUUCUGCUUUGAUUUGUUUCUAAUUUCCCCCAAAACAUUAUUUUUGAGAAAGGUCAUCAUCUUCGGAGAACCCCUUGUAGAUUGAUACUGUUGGUAGGAAAAAAAAUCUGCUGAAAAUUAUUCGUGUUUGGACUUAACAGCUUUAAUCUAUAAGUGCUGAAAUCUACUGCACAAUCAAUAUUAUGCAUUAAUGGAAAUCCUGUUUACCAUUUUUAGCUUUACACUUUAAAACAAUCAUGUAUUGAUGGGAUAUGUUCUGUCUGAUUCACGAUGUGUCUUUGUCGAUACUUGCAUCCUGUGCAGUGUUUUGUGUGGAUGCAUUUUACUGUUGUUAUUUAUUAUGUGAUGAAAGGGGUAACGGAUGAUUAUGUGUUGUAGCUGGUUCCAUAAACACUUCUAUGAUGUCUUUCCAACUACUUGUAUGGGGUAUAUUUUUCAUUCAACAUUCCACGAAAGGUUUUGGUUUCAUGGCAAAAUCAGAAAUAAAUAAGAAAGAACAGCACAAAUAGUGUCACCAGUGAUAAGUAAAUCACAGAUGCAGUGUUGAAGUCGCCAAAAAUCAAAAUGACAAAUAUGCUGUAAUACUGCCGAUGUGGAAAGAUGGAGAAGUGUCAAAUUUGAGUAUCCAUAGCUCAAGUGUUACUAUAUACAUUUUGUCCCAGACAGUACAUUUAAUGUAUAGAUGCUGAUUUAACAGCCCUUUCCCCAAGGCUUAUGACUGUCCCAUACCCUACCCCAGGGAUAGGACAUGAAGGCUUGCUGUGUUCUGGGCAAGAACUGUUUCAGUUUUUACUUUAAAGAUAUGUUAAUUUAGGAUCAUACAUUUUUUCAGCUUUAGUUCAACAAUAUUAUUUUUCAAAUUUUCCUUUUAUUUUUAUACAUUUUGUAUGGUAAUGAUUCAUAUGGCAGUGAAUAACAUGCUGGUUAUCGGUGGGCAUGCAGCAUUGCCUUGAGGUGCUGUACAUCUGUACAUUUUAAUUUCUGAUGCCUGUUAUUUACAAGGCAAGUCACUGUAGGUAUCAGUUACCAUGGAAAUAGAUUUGGUACAUGGAAAACAAAAGGUUUGGUUCAUGGAAA